GAGAUCUAUCCCAGAACGACGGGUCUUAGUGACAUCAUCCUGGACGUUCUGGAUAGCUUUCACGAAUUCGGAUUGCACGCUUUUCAGUUCCGUGGCCAAGGUGUUGGAAAGAGCGCUAAGGCGUGCAUUGACGUGGGCGUCGACGCGGUUGAUGAAGAUGGAAAGCGUGUCAUCCAGAGCUUCGUCAGUCUGGAUGGCCUUCUGAAGAGUCGUCUGUGCCGUCGAAGCGACUGCAGCCUCAGCCAGCUGCGCCAUCAACGAGUUCAAGGAAACGAUCCUCUCCUAUUCAGUCGGCACCUCCCACAAUCAAUAUUGUAGUCCCAGCCGCAGAACGAUCCAUGGCGACGUCCAACGAUAUUUUUUUCGACCUUGUGCGUGAGGGUGAGGUGGAGGCGGCACAUGAAAUCGAAGUACAAGGGUUUCCUCCUGAUGAAGCGGGAUCUCUUGAAACUUUUCGGUAUCGCCAGUUGAACGCGCCGGCCCUUUUCAUAGGUGCAUUUCGACCGUCUCCGCAGCCUCGCACUCUACUAGGGUACAUCAAUGCGACACUCUCUUCUGAGACCACGCUCAGCCACGACUCUAUGUUCACACACUCCCCCGGAGGAUCGACCGUCUGCAUCCACUCUGUCUGUGUAAAAUCCUCUAUAACCCGACAAGGGAUUGCCACACAACUAUUGUUGAACUACAUCGAUCGCCUGGAGAAGGAUAAGACCAUCGAACAUGUCAUCGUCAUCUGUCAUGAAGAAUUGCAAAGAUUGUAUGCUCGCGUGGGAUUUCAACUUGUCGGGAAAAGCCCAGUUGUUCAUGGUUCUCGGGACUGGUUCGAAAUGCGGAAGACACUUCGCAAUGGCACAACAUUUGAUGGAGGGCUAGGCUCUAUUAUCCACGAAGAUCUAGUUCAGACGCUCAGAAAGCCAACAAGAUCGGGAUCUGCUGCCAAACUCUCGAGCGUCCAUAGCAUAGAGGAAAUGACGACCGAGAUAGACGGAAAGAAGACAAAUAAGCAUGCACUUGUUUGCGUCAAAAAGGAUUGUUCCAGCCUAAUCCUGAGAGCGAAUGUGGCCGAGUUGCGUGAAUCCUCUUCCAUUGAGGUACGACUUCUUUUAUUGAAUGCAGGAACUUUGAACGAGACUGUCCAAAUGAAGUUGGAUCCAGUGCCUCUCUCUUUGCCUCAGGAACUUCCCAAGCUGCCACCGUCGGGUGAAACGACAUCUUGGUGGCUAAUAACACCAAACCCUAUGGCGUUUGAAAACAUCGGAUUCUCACGCCCUGUCCAAACAACUAGUCCGCGUAUCAGGCUUCUGGCGUGUGCCGAAUGCGAUCUGGGCCCCGUAGGAUGGUCUCUCGAAGGCGGAAAUGAGUUCUGGGUGCAUCCAUCGCGUGUUGGGUAUCGUGUAUGAUAAACAAAAUAAAUGUACAUACUAGAACAUUCCAUCUAGGAGUGAUGGUCCGAAAUCGCUUGCACAGCCACUCUUACUAAGGCCGCUUCCCCACUGCAUUAUAACGGCGA